UCCAAAUGCACAUAAAUUGUUGUCCUUGCAUCAGCGGAGAAAUGGAUUCCGGCGACCGCUCCGAUCUGAUUUCCCCGACCACUUCUUCCCCACCAAGCCAUAUAGUAACCAUCCCUUUCCCAGGCCGCGGCCACAUAAACCCCAUGCUCUCUCUCUGCCUCCUUCUCUCCCCCAAAACCCUAACCGUCACCAUCAUCGUCACAGAAGAAUGGCUCAACAUAAUCAACUCCGAUCAUCCAUCCCCAUCCCUACCCUCCAACCUCCAGAUCCGCUCCAUCCCCAACGUCCUUCCAUCCGAACGCACGCGCGGCAGCAACUACACCGAAUUCUUCAACUCCGUAAUGUCUAAAAUGGCGGAUCCAGUUCAGCGAGUGCUCGACGAGCUCAACCCGCCGGUCGAUGUUGUCAUAGGAGACGCGCUUUUGCCGUGGGUUGCUGGAAUAUGUGAGAAGAGGAAUGUUUCUGCCGUGUCUUUGUGGACGGAAUCUGCUUCUUCGUUCUACGCUCUGUACAAAUUCGAUCAACUUGAUGCCGCCGGCGGAUUGCCGGAAGAUUUCUCAGGUAAAUGCCCCCCUCUUUUUGUUGAGUGUGUGUUUUUAGCUUUUUGGUGGUUUUGA